GAGGGACAAUAUGAGUGAGGACCAGGCAGCGUCUUUGGGAGCAGCAAUUGAAGAGGCGAAAAGGAGAUGCAGAGCCCUCAGAGAUCGAAUUGAAAGCUUAAGCUUACGGCCAAUCUCAUCCUCAUCCUCUAAUAAUACAAUUACUGAUUCCUGCAAGCGAACUCUGUUGAGAUUGGUCCACUCCGAGCUCUCUUUCCUUUCUCGCUUUUCCAAUUCCAAUCCCAGCCCAUCACUCAGUGUCAACAUUGGUCAUCUAGAAGCGGUCAUACAUAUUCUUGAGCAGCCAUUUGUUACUGGGGUAUCACGCGUCUGUAAGCAGAUUCCUCUAUCACCUGCAGUUAAAAAUGGGCAGGAGAAGGCUAAGAUUUGUCCCAAAGGCGUCCAUGUUGAUAUAGUCUGUACUCUUAAUGGAAACCCAGUAUGGAUAAUUGUAUCUGACAGGAAUCCCAAGUACAUUUCUUGGCAAGGGUGUGGUAGCAACAAGGGAUUGAGAACGAGAAUUGAACAAGUUCUUGAUGGGGCCUCGUGUUCUGUAGCACUAAAACCUUCUUCAAUCAUCCUUUUCUUCUCAAAAGGACUAGAUGGCAGCAUUUGUGAGAAGCUUUGUGAUGAAUUUAGAGCCACUAACUUUGAAAUAGAGUUCCCCGAUGUUGAAUAUGCAUUUUCUGAGGAACAAGAGGGUGAGUGGAUAUAUAUAGACACAAGAUCGUAUAGACAGGCAUGCCUCCUUGAAAUUCAGGUUGAUUGUUCUAGGAAUACAAUCUCAAAAAUAGAAUAUGCGGUCAAAGACGCAAGCCUGGGUGAUGUGAGACAAGACCUCUCAAUCUCGAGAGAGCACAUUGGUCUAAACUUGGGUAGUUCUUUCUGUUCUUUCAUUUCGGGAAUGAAGUUAUGUUCUUUGGAUGUUAAAAGUCCGGAGUUUUCUUUAUUAGAUGACUUGUCAGGUGGUGGGGUUGAUCUGAUAAAUUUUGAUACAACAGCAUUGAUUGCUAUUGUAUCAGGGAUCAGCAACGGAAUUACAGAGAAACUUUUAACUACACCAGAGACCAAACUGAGAAGACGAUUUAAGAGCAACUUUGAGUUUGUAAUCGCCCAGAAUCCAUUCCUUGUGGAACUGGGCAGUUUGAUAUCCAGAAAGCAAGGCAUCAUAUGUGAAACUGUUUUUUCAGAGUUCAAGGAGCUAGUGUCAAUGUGUGGUGGGCCUAACGAGAAGUUGAGGGCUGAUUAUUUGCUAAAACACUUCAUGUGA